GGGGAGUUGGCAGAAGGACCUGCGGCGGGUCCGCUUCGGCCGCCGCUCUGGCCUGGUCUUCACCAGCGGCUGACUGAGCGCUCAGUGCGGCACCAUGGGGAAGCGGGACAAUAGGGUGGCCUAUAUGAACCCAAUAGCAAUGGCCAGAUCAAGGGGUCCAAUCCAGUCUUCAGGUCCAACUAUCCAAGAUUAUCUGAAUCGACCAAGGCCUACCUGGGAAGAAGUGAAAGAACAACUAGAAAAGAAAAAGAAAGGCUCCAAGGCAUUGGCUGAAUUUGAAGAAAAGAUGAAUGAGAACUGGAAGAAAGAACUAGAAAAACACAGGGAGAAAUUAUUAAGUGGAAGUGAGAGCUCAUCCAGAAAAAGACAGAGAAAGAAAAAAGAAAAGAAGAAAUCUGGUAGGUAUUCAUCUUCUUCUUCAUCAAGCUCUGAUUCUUCCAGCAGUUCUUCAGAUUCUGAAGAUGAGGAUAAGAGACAAGGAAAAAGGAAAAAGAAAAAGAAGAGCCGUUCACAUAAAUCUUCUGAAAGUUCCAUGUCAGAAACUGAAUCAGACAGUAAGGAUAGUUUAAAAAAAAAGAAGAAGUCAAAGGAUGCAACUGAGAAAGAAAAGGACAUUAAAGGACUCAGCAAAAAAAGAAAGAUGUAUCCUGAAGAUAAACCGUUAUCAUCUGAGUCCCUGUCAGAGUCAGAUUAUACUGAGGAGGUACGAGCAAAAAAGAAGAAAAGCAGUGAAGAACGAGAAAAAACAACAGAAAAAACAAAAAAGAAAAAGAAGCAUAAGAAACACAGUAAGAAGAAGAAAAAGAAGGCUGCUAGUUCAAGUCCUGACUCACCAUAACAUUAAGAAGAAUCAGGAUUCACUUAUAAAGAAAGUGCAAUGUCUAAGGAAAUUUCAACUGUGAAAAUUAUGACAUAUUUACUAAAAUGCAUGAAUUUUCUUGUUUUUAGAAUUAUUCCUGGACUAUCAGUAGCCACUCAGAUGCCACUGUGUGAAAGGGCCAUAAUUGUUGCCUGCUGCUUGAACAUCUGUUUUUUUCUCUUCCAGUGCUUAAUAACUGGGAGAUAACACACCGCAGUCAUACUAGUGGUUAAGAUAUAUGGGAAUAAAGUUAAUAUUUUUGACUAGAAGUAUCUAAUGAUAAAUCAACAGAAACUGAAUCUGGAUACAUCAUUAAGAUGUAAUCAGAGAUGACCGGAUGACUCUAGUUAACAUUUUUGAAGUAGGGAUUACGUUGAUGUUUCAAAAUCCUUACUCUGUAGAUAAGCGUAUUUUAAUUUUUUCCCCUUGUAUACUUUUGUUUACCUGGGGAAGGAGCUUUUAGGGGUGGGGGUGGGGUUUGAUAUCACUUCAGCUAGCAGAAUAGCGUGCCUUUAUCCUCACACAUCUUAUUUUUGUGGACACAGUAGCCAUGCUUCAUGGGGAGGUCAGGGCCGGGUAUGGCAGUCUUGCCCUUUACUGAGCUUAGUGACAUCGUUGGACUCUGUUGUAUGCCACUUUGAGUGAACCAGAGAAAUAGCCUUUUGCAGCAUGAGAAUGCCCCAAAAGCUCUGGGAUUUACCUCCACUUCAAUAAUACUGAAUGUUUUUUAGCAUUAGAAUGUGUUAUAACAUUUGAACUAAUUUUGACUACACUUUGGCUUUGAAAAGGAAUCAUUUCAGAUGACACUGGUACUUUUUGAACUUGAUAGCUAAAGAUUCUAAAAUGCAUGUUUUAUACUGUUAGGUUUUAACCAGUCAGGAAAAUUUUAUGUAAUCAGUGAUAGUUCCUUUAUUUUUUGUAUGAGUUUUGUUUAGGCUGUAAUGUUUAGCUUUUUAUUAACUCCUUAUUCUUGCUAUUCUAAAUUCCUUACUGUGUUUAACAGCAUACUUGCCAAGAUAUUUAGCAUGUAAAAAGCAGGUUUUUGAUGUUUUGUUUUUUGUGUUUUUUUAACAGCUUCAUAUUGAAGCUGAGACUUAACCAUAAAUAAGUUGAGUGACAGGCCUGGUAUGCUGUGUCUUGUUACACAAAACUCUUGCCAGAAUCUUAGUAAAUAUAACGUUUUAAAGGUUUGUCUUUGUAUAUUCACAACGGAUUAUGACAAGUUAAAUUUAAGUGAGAAUUACAUAUUUGCUUUUCCUGUGUCAUAUUUUACUAAGAUUUUGUGCCUCAUGUCUCCUGCUGAAUUGUUUACUAGUAAUGUUAAAAAGAAUUGAUAAAUCAUUUUCACUUUACAUUUUUAUAUAAUCAGGUAACAUGAAAUAUAAUUUGAUGUACAAUUUUGCCUGUUACAGAGGGUGUGCUAAUUAUAGUGGUAUAUGCACAAAACAUUUUGGCAUGACAAGCUGAAUAAAUAGCUAUUUUACUUAAAAA